AUGAUUUCCUACAAGAUCAAGACUUGUAACACUGCGUCGAAAGCUGCUACUCAAACCGCUACAGACAUAUUACACGACGUUUUCCCCUUCGUUCGAGUCUAUAAGAAUGGUACAAUCAUCCGAUACCUUCCCGAAGAACUCGUCCCGCCGUCGACGGAUCCAACGGCUAGGGUUCGAUCCAAAGACGUGACCAUCGAUCACCACCGUAACAUCUCCGCCAGGAUUUUUGUACCAGAGAACCUUAAGUUGCGGCAGAACCUCCCCAUCCUCGUCUACUACCACGGUGGCGGGUUCACGACCGGAUCGGCCUUUUCUAAGACAUAUAAUACCUACCUAACUUCCCUAGUUUCCAAAGCCAAGAUCGUCGCCGUGUCGGUGAACUACCGGUUGGCCCCCGAACACGAUCUCCCAAUAGGGUACGACGAUGCAUGGUAUGCACUCAAGUGGGUAUUUUCUCACUCCCGUUCCCUCGGUGGCAACGGGUCCGAGCCGUGGUUACGAAAAAAUGUAGAUUUCGGAAAGGGUUUUGUAGGCGGGGAUAGCGCCGGAGGCAAUAUUGCACAUAAUGUAGUUUUGCGGGCCGGAUUGGAGAAGAAAAGCGGGAUUGUUCUAAAAGGUCUGUUUUUGAAUUGUCCGAACUUUUGGGGAAGUACUCGAAUCGGAGAAGAAGAAAAGAAACCCUUCGAAGUUGUUUUUAGGAACCGAUUAUGGUUGCUUGUGCACCCCAAUGUCCCCGCCACAUUCGACUACCCGGCAACAAAUCCGAGCCUCGAUCCGAAUAUACAUAAGUUAGGGUGUAAAAAUUUGCUUGUGUACGUUGCCGGGGAAGAUAUCCUUCGCGAUCGAGGAGAGCUUUAUGUUGACACAUUGAAUAAAAGUGCUUGGGGAGGAUCUAUUAGGUUUUUCGAUAUACCGGGGGAGGGACAUGUGUUCGAUAUAGCGAACCCGGACACGGACAAUGCCAGGAAGAUGUUACAUGAAGUAGCUUUGUUCAUUACCGAAGACAACGCUUAG